AGCUUGAAGGCUCUGGCUAAGAUGGAGAUAGACAGGGCGGUUUUGGACUCUAGGAUUCAAUCUCUGGAGGCUCAGAAGCAGCAGUGAUGUCAGUGGUAACAGCGGGAGGACUCGGAGAGCAGAAGUCGCAAGAGAAGAUUGAAAUCGAAAAGCUCGCAGCACAGCUGAGGAGAGCAGGCUCUUGUGAAGACAUUGUCUUGGGCAGACGAGUUCACGCCAGGAUUCUACAGAGCCGCUACCGAAACUACAGGUAUUUGGCCAACCUGGUCGUGGAAAUGUACGGUGACUGCCACAGCGUGAGUGAAGCUCGUGCUGUCUUCGACGGGAUUGAAAAGCCAAACGUGUUCUCGUGGAACACCAUGCUGGGGGCUUACGGGCAGAACGGGCAAGUGGAGGAUGCAAAACAAAUCUUCAACGCAGCACCGGAGAAGAACCUCCUUUUGUGGACUACUUUGAUAUCCGCAUAUGCAAGGAACGGGCAUCUGGAGGAAGCCAAGAGUACCUUCGAUGGAUUGCCCGAGUCGGAUGUGGUAACACAGACAACAAUACUGCUGGCUUUUCUGGAGACUGGGAACUUGGAAGCCGCGGAGUCCAUCUACAUAAGUAUGCCCGUACUCGACACAAUCGGCUGGACGAUCAUGCUAAAGGCAUACGCAGAGAGAGGACAUCUCCAGAAGGCAAGGCGGUUUUUCGAGUUGAUGCCAGAAAUGGACGUUGUAUCUGCGACUUCCAUGGUGGUGGCCUAUGCCGAGAACAGCGACCUUGAAGAUGCCAAGGCGGUCUUUGACAGCAUGCCUCAGAGGAACAUCGUCUCGUGGACAGCGAUGGUGAAGGCGUACGCGUGUGAAGGGGAUAUCGGGAAAGCCAAGCCUCUGUUCGAUAGAAUGCCCGAGCACAACGUGAUAUCUUUCACGGCUAUGCUGCAAGCGUACUUGGACAACGGGAAGCUCCAGCUUGCGAAGGCAAUAUUCGACGCCAUGCCCGAGCGGGACGUCAUUGCGUGGAACUCCAUGGUUCAAGGCUAUGCGAAGAUGGGAUAUCUGGAGGAGGCAAAGCUUCUGGUAGACAGAAUGCCCAGGUGGAACACGGUGACUUGGACGGCCCUGGUUGAGGGGUAUGCUCAAAGCGGGUAUAUGGAUGAAGCGAGGUCAACGUUUGACAGGAUGCCGGGUCGGGAUAUGAUGGCCUGGAACAGCAUGAUCGGGACGUAUGCUCAGCUCGGGUAUAUGCACGAGGCGAAGGAGAUCUUCGCUAUGCUUCCGGAGCGAGACGUUUUCUCGUGGACUGCCAUGAUCCCGGUUCACGCAAGAGGUGGCAGCGUUUACAAGGCGAAGAUGGUGUUCGACACCAUGCCUCAGCAGAACGUGGUGUCCUGGAAUGCGAUGGUUGCUUCGUAUGCUCACUGCGGGCAUGCGAAGUCCGCCGUGGAGCUCUUUAAGUUUAUGGAACAGGAAGGACUUCGUCCAAACGACAUCUCCUUCGUGAGCCUUCUCACGGCAUGCAGCAGGCUUGGCGCGCUGGACGAAGGCCACGGUUACUUCCUCCGGAUGGUGCUCGACUACUGCGUUGCUCCACUCAAAGAACACUACAGCUCCAUGUUGGAUCUUCUUGGACGGGCUGGGCGCCUGCGCGAUGCCGAGGAGCUGGUCAAGACGAUGCCGUUUGUUCCCGACUCCGUGAUGUGGGCGACACUGCUAGGUGCUUGCAAGCUCCACAAAGAUACUGCGCGUGGACAACGAGCAGCGAAGCAGAUCAUCAACUUGGACACGAAGAGCUGCCUGGCUUACGUGCUGCUGGGCAACAUCUGCGUCGAGCGCUCCGAGCAACUUAAGCAUCAAGUCUUGCUUCCUCAAGCUCGUCCAGCUCGAAGUCUUGUGGCUCCUCCGAGUGUUCUUCCACACUGCUUCGUUGGGCUUGAACGGCAUCUUUCUGAUCACGGCUUCGGCCUCCUCCAGCCAGCCGAUUCUUCCCAGCAGGCCGACGAUGCACGAGUAGCGCUCCCGCUUGGCCGUCACCCGGUACUCCGUUCCGAGCUGGAACAAGUAGUAGAAGGCUUCCUCGAGCAGGCCAACGUGCUGGCAGACGGAGGCGACGCUCAUGAGCGCUACGUUGUCGGGCUUAAGUCCUUCCUGCUGCAGUCCACGAAACAGCUUGCGUGCCUCGGCAACCUCACCGUGCUGCGCCGCCACCGUGACUAUCGAGUUCCAGGAAACGAGCGCCCGCUCGCGCAUGGAGUCGAAGACUCUCCGUGCCUCUCUCGGGCUCCCGCACUUGCCAUACAUGUUGAUGAGCGUGUUGUCGAUGAUCACGUCCGAGAGGAAACCGGACUCAGCUAUGCUCCUAUGGAUGAUCCUGGCUUGGACGAGCCCGGCAUGGCCAGCACAGGCGUCAAGGAUGGCAUUUACAGUUCCCCGGUUGAAGCUGACGCCUUCGAGGUCCAUUCUCCUGAACAAAGCGAUGGCCUUUCCCCCUCGGCCGUGUUUGGAAUAGGCCGAGAUCAUGGAGUUGUAGAGCAGCACGUCCUUGGGCGCGGCUGUUUCGAAGGCUUCCGCUGCCUCCUCCAGAGAGAAGCACUCCGAGUACAUCCCGAUGAGAGCGGGCGAGACCGUGUGCCACAGCUCGAAGGCCUCGUAGUGGCUGCCGUCUUCGACACAGGAGCACAGCAUGGAAGUCCAGGAGACAACGUCCCGGUAGUCCUGGAUGCUCUGGAAGACGACCUUGGCAUCCUCCAGACUCUGGCACUUUCGGUACGCGUUGAUGAGGCAGUUCGCCACCGCGACGUCCCGGAGCAGUCCUGCCGAACAGAUCUGAGCGUGGAGCAUCCGGACCUGACUUAUGUCGGUGAAACACGCAUCGAGGCUCGCGAAGAACGUCACUCUAUCCGGCUUGGUGCCUUCGAGCUGCAUCGAGGCGAGCAACUCCAACGCGGCGUCACCCUGAGCGUUCUGGACGUAUGCCGACGCAAGAGCGUUCCAGGAGACGAGAUUCUUCUCCUCCAUCCUGUCGAAGGCGGCCUUCGCUUGCUCGAGUCUCGAGCACCUCCCGUACAUAGUGAUCAAAGUGUUCCCGACAGAGACGGACUCCUCGACUCCACACUCGGCCGCACACUCGUGAGCUCGGACUCCCUGUUCCAAGUCCCCCAGGCUCGCGCAGCUAUCGAUGACGCUCACAAAAGUCUGCUCGCCUGCCUUGACGCCUUCCUGGUUCAUCCGGUGGAACAUCUCCACUGCCGCUUCGUCCGCCCCGCACUGAGCGUAAGCAGUCAGGAGCGUGUUCCAGGCGAAGAGAUCCUUGUCCCGGACGCCAUCAAACACCUCGAGCACGGUGAGAAAGGUGACUUUGUCGGGCCGGACGCCUUCGUGCUGCAUGGUCCGGAAGAGCUUGAAGGCCUCGCGCUCCAGCCCGUUGUGAGCGUAGGCGUCGACGAUCGAGUUCCAGGACGAGACGCUCUGCAAGGCCAUGGCAUCGAAGAGCUGCUUGGCGUCGCGGACGCUGCCGCACUUGCCGUGCAUGUGGACGAGCGAGUUCCCGACGAAGACGUUGGAGCUGUGGAAGCCAUUCUCGGCGGCUCUGUCGUGGAUCAUCCUCAGCUCGCUGGCCUCCUCGGCGGCACCGAGAACACUCACGAAAGUCACCUCGUUUGGAGCCACGGAGCACUCGUGCUGCAUCCUCCGGAACAUCUCCAGCGCGCUCUUGCGGUGGCCGUGCUGCGAGUAGGCCCGGAUGAUGGCGUUCCAGGACACAACGUCGCGCUGCUCCAUCCUCUCGAAGACGCGCCGGGCCUCCUCCACAGCGCUGCAGUCGCCAUACAUGCUCACCAGCGUGUUCGCGAUGACCACAUCCGACUCGAGCUCGUCCGCGACGAUCAUGGCGUGGAUCUCUCGGCCGUGCUCCAGGCUCUCCUCCACGCAGCAGCAGCCGAGCAAGCUCAAGUAAGUCACCCUGUCCGGCUUCACUCGCUCGUGGAUCAUCCGCUGGAAGAGCUCCAGCGCCCGCUCGCCAUUGCCAGCCCGGGCCAGCACCGUGAUCAUCGUGUUCCAGGACACUACAUCCUUGUGGGCGAUGCUCUCGAACACCAGCUCGGCCUCGUCCAGGCGCCCGGCUCGUCCAUACAGCAUCGCGUGGAAGAGCUCCAGCGCCGCGGUGGUAUGCCCGUUGUGGGCAUACGCGGCCAUGAUCAUCGUCCAGGAGAAGACGUUGCGGUGGAGGAUCCUGUCGAAGACGCUGCGCGCGUCCUCCACUCGGCCGAGCUUCCCAUACGACUGGACAAGGAGGUUGAGCAGCAGGCGAUCGGUGGCGAGAGUGGCCGAGGAGAGGAUGUGGCGGUGGAUGCGCUUCGUCUGCCAGACGUGGAUGCAUCGCCGGAUGAGCGAGGAGAUGUGUGGAGCCGAGGUGGAUUCGCCGUCGUCGCCAUCGCUUCGAUCCAGCCGGUCCAGCUCCCGGUGAUGGGCGAUCGCAUUCUUCGAUGCUUGAGCCGGACUUCCAUUGCUAUGGCGGAUGCUGGCCGGAGAUCGAGAGGACCAGCAGCCCAGCUUCCGAGAAGAGCCCUAGACGAGGAUCCAGUUGAUGGGCUUGAUAGAUUCGGGAAAUCCAGUCGAGCUCGUCUCAUGGGGAUCGCGGAGGAGAUGGAAAGAUUGCCGCUCGAGGAAGCCAUCCACGGGCUGGAGAUGCUGGGUUUCAGUCCAGGAGUGGAGCUCUACGCGGCAUUGCUGCGACGAUGCGGCAGCCAAGGAUCCCUGGCGGAGGGAAUUCGCGUCCACGAGCACAUUGCAAGGAGCAAGCUUGUGCGAGUGAGGUUCUUGGAGAACACGCUCAUGGAGAUGUAUGGGAGGUGUGGUGGCGUGCAAGAGGCUACCGCGGUCUUCGAGAGAAUGGAAGAUUGGAACGUCUACUCGUGGACGAUCAUCAUCGCAGCAAAUACCCAGAACGGCCAUCCACUCGAGGCACUGCAACUCUUCUACCGGAUGAACCAGGAAGGGACUGCUCCAAACAACCACACUCUAAGCAUCGCCAUCGCAGCGUGCUCGGCACUGGUGGAUCUCUCGCGAGGGAGGAAGAUCCAUGCGAGCUUGGAAGGCUGUGGCUUCCAGGCCGACGAUCACGUCAAGAACACGCUCAUGGACUUCUACACCAAGUGCGACAGCCUUGACGACGUGAAGAAGGUGUUUCGAUCGAUGGGAGGCGACGCCAAGGUGGUCAGCUGGACGUGCCUCAUCGUUGGCUGCGUCCAGCUCGGGAGCUACAGGGAGGCCUUCCACUUCUUCAAGCUCAUGGAGCUCCAGGGGAUCCACGCUGACACCGUCACUUACGCCUCGCUGCUCGACGCCUGCUCCAACUUGGCGUCGCUCUCGCAGGGCCGGAAGCUCCACGCUCGCAUCGCCGAGCUCGGGCUGCUCGAGGCCGACGUGGUGCUCCAGACUUCCAUCCUCACCAUGUACUCGAAGUGCGGAAGGCUGGGAGAAGCUCGCGGGAUCUUCGACAGGAUUGGCGAGAAGAACAUCGUGGCGUGGUCGGCGAUCAUCAUCGCCUACGCGCAAAACGGCGACUGCUCCACCGCGUUGAAGCUCUUCUGGAAGAUGGAGCAGGCGGGGCAGAAGGCGAGCGAGACGACGUUCGUGAGCGUCUUGUACGCUUGCAGCCAUGCCGGCCUCGUCGACGAUGCGUACUACUACUUCACCACCAUGAUGAGCGAGAGGAAGCUGGAGCCUUUGCCGGGACACUAUGGUUGCAUCGUGGAUCUGCUGGGCCGAGCCGGGCGACUGGCCGAUGCCGAGGAGCUCAUACAGCGGAUGAAGGCUCCACAUUCGGGGGUGCUCUGGACGACGCUUUUAGGAGCUUGCAAGACGCAUGGAGAUAUGAUGCUGGCGGAGCGAGCAGCGGAGAGGAUCCGCGAGCUGGAUCCAGGCUCUGCGACACCGUACGUACUGCUUUCGAAUGUCUACUCGGAAGCUGGACGAUGGGACCUGGCAGCCAGCGUGAGGAAGCGCAUGGACAACAUGAAAGUGAAGAAACCAGCGGGGAAGAGCUGGGUGGAAGUGAGAGGCAAGCUGCACGAGUUUGUAGCGGGGGACCAGUCCCAUCCGAAGAUCGGGGAGAUUGUUUUGGAGCUCAAGAGGCUGCUCGCGCUGAUCAAGGAAGCCGGAUACGCUGCGGACAAAAGUGCCACACUCCACAAUGCGGAAGAGGAGGAGAAGGAAGGACUCCUUUACUAUCACAGUGAGAAGCUCGCGAUCGUCAUGGGGCUGCUUCACAGCCCCCGCGGAGAGCCCGUCCAAGUCGUGAAGAACUUGAGAGUUUGCUCCGACUGCCAUGCUGCCGCCAAGUUCAUCAGCAAGGUGGUGGACAGGCAGAUUGUCCUGAGGGACACGAAGCAGUUCCACCACUUUGAGCACGGGCGCUGCUCGUGUGGAGACUACUGGUGAUCGCAAACGAGCUCUUCUACCAAUAGUCUCGGCAAGAACAAUUUCCAUCUUCCAUGUGAUGGAACAAGUUGAUGUCGCGGAUGACGAUCUUCCUCUCGGUCACCUUGGAUAUCACCUUCGCGG